AAUAAAAUAAAGAUUUUAUUCAGCACAGGCAAAACAAAAACAACAAAACAAAAAAAUGUUUCAAAUGGACUUUUUGUUAAAGGUGUCCAGUUCAGUCAGCCUCAAUUACCCCAGAGAAUUGUUUAUAUUAAAAACCAGCUGAGAAUAGUUUGACUUGUAAUAAUCACCUGGAGGAUAUUCAAGCUUGUCAAGAUUACUAUGGAAAAUCCCUGUGCUGCUUCAAAGAGACAGAACAAAGCUAAAUAGCAUCUGCCACCCAAAUCUUGCUGAAUAGAGUGAUUUAUCUGCAGGCCAGCUAGCUGGCGACGGGAGCGCACCUCCUCCCUUUUCCUAGCUGUCCCGAGUUUAUUCAUUCCUUGAGUCUGAAUCCUGAGUGUAGGGUUUAAGACGUCGGGCCCCAGAAUACAUCACUGCACUUGAAUUUUGGCUCCACCUUAAGGUAAACUACGCAGCUGUUUUGAGCCUCAGUUUCCCCGCCUAUGGAAAGAGGAUCGUAGGGGGUAUUGUCGCAGGGGUUAAAUGAGACUGCACGGAGCCUGGAGCUGUGCCCGGCGUGUGGUAAACACUCAACCUAUGCGGGCUGUAACUGCCUGAGGAGGUUCCUUCGGCGCGCCACUUGGCCUUGUCUUUCUAAAUAUUAGCAUAAUAAAUAUAAAUGGACCCAGAACGCGAGGGGGCAGGGGCCACGUGAUCGCUCCACGAAAGCCACUUGUAGGGGCCUUUAGAGAGUUAGCAAUAAGGCUGGAGAAGGAAAAGCCGGCACGCCCGCAGCCCGCGCGAUUUCCCGCCGCGCCCGCGUCCCUAGCGGGAGGGCUCCGGGGGCGCCCGGGCCGCGGCGGCGGCGGCGGCGGCGCGAGCUGCGCCUCAGGGCCGGUGAAUCAUCCCGGCAGACACCGAGAGCCGCGGCAGCAGAGAGCAGCGCCGAAACAUGGCUGAAGCGGGCACGGGCUUUCUGGAGCAGCUCAAGUCCUGCAUAGUUUGGUCUUGGACGUAUUUGUGGACCGUGUGGUUCUUCAUCGUGCUCUUCCUGGUCUACAUCCUGCGAGUGCCUUUGAAAAUCAACGACAAUUUGAGCACAGUGAGCAUGUUUUUGAACACAUUAACGCCGAAGUUCUACGUGGCCCUGACAGGCACUUCCUCACUAAUAUCAGGGCUUAUUUUGAUAUUUGAAUGGUGGUAUUUUCGCAAGUAUGGAACUUCAUUCAUUGAACAAGUCUCAGUAAGCCACUUGCGCCCCCUUCUGGGAGGGGUUGACAACAACUCUUCCAACAAUUCUAAUUCCAGUAAUGGGGACUCAGAUUCCAAUAGGCAAAGUGUCUCAGAAUGCAAAGUAUGGCGAAAUCCACUAAAUUUAUUUAGGGGUGCUGAAUAUAAUCGGUAUACUUGGGUGACAGGACGAGAGCCUCUUACUUACUAUGACAUGAAUCUCUCUGCCCAGGACCACCAGACAUUCUUUACUUGUGACUCGGACCAUCUGCGUCCCGCAGAUGCAAUAAUGCAGAAAGCCUGGAGAGAGAGAAACCCCCAAGCUAGGAUUUCUGCAGCUCAUGAAGCCUUGGAGAUAAAUGAGUGUGCAACUGCUUAUAUUCUGUUGGCUGAAGAGGAAGCAACAACCAUCGCUGAAGCAGAAAAACUAUUUAAGCAGGCCCUGAAGGCUGGAGAUGGCUGUUACCGACGUUCUCAGCAGCUACAGCAUCAUGGAUCCCAGUAUGAAGCCCAACAUAGACGAGACACCAAUGUCUUGGUGUACAUCAAAAGAAGGCUAGCAAUGUGUGCCAGAAGACUCGGGAGGACCAGGGAAGCAGUGAAAAUGAUGAGAGAUUUAAUGAAGGAGUUCCCUCUUCUGAGCAUGUUCAAUAUCCACGAGAACCUUUUAGAAGCCCUUCUGGAACUACAAGCAUAUGCUGAUGUUCAGGCAGUCUUAGCAAAGUAUGAUGAUAUAAGCUUACCAAAGUCAGCAACAAUAUGCUACACAGCUGCUUUGCUCAAAGCAAGGGCUGUUUCCGACAAAUUCUCUCCUGAGGCUGCAUCUCGGCGGGGGCUGAGCACAGCAGAGAUGAAUGCGGUAGAGGCCAUUCAUAGAGCUGUGGAAUUCAAUCCUCAUGUGCCAAAAUACCUACUAGAAAUGAAAAGUUUAAUCCUACCCCCAGAACACAUCCUGAAGAGAGGAGACAGUGAAGCAAUAGCAUAUGCAUUCUUUCAUCUUGCACACUGGAAGAGGGUAGAAGGGGCUUUGAAUCUUUUGCAUUGUACAUGGGAAGGCACUUUCCGGAUGAUCCCUUAUCCCUUGGAAAAGGGGCACCUAUUUUAUCCUUACCCAAUCUGUACAGAAACAGCAGACCGAGAGCUGCUUCCAUCUUUCCAUGAAGUCUCAGUUUACCCAAAGAAGGAGCUUCCCUUCUUUAUUCUCUUUACUGCUGGAUUAUGUUCAUUCACAGCCAUGCUGGCCCUCCUGACACAUCAGUUCCCGGAACUUAUGGGGGUCUUCGCAAAAGCUAUGAUUGACAUUUUCUGCUCGGCAGAGUUCAGGGACUGGAAUUGCAAGAGUAUUUUCAUGCGUGUUGAAGAUGAACUGGAAAUCCCUCCGGCACCUCAAUCUCUACAUUUCCAAAACUGAACUCAUCACCCCUCUUCCCCCACCACCAAAACUGCUCCUCCUCCUGUAUUCCUGACCUCCGCCAUCCACCCCGUUGCUCAAGCCAGAAACUCGGCAGCCCUCCCAAAUUCUACCCUCUCUCACUCCCCACAUCCCAUCUGUCUUGGCCUUCGCAAUCUGUCAGUUCUAACCUCCUAAGCAACUAGGCCUUCAGUAAAUGUUAUUCACCUCUUCUUUCCCUCCUUCUUUUCCCAAAGCAUCCCUCUUAGUCUAGGUCCUUGUUAUUUCUUGCCUGAACUCCUGCCAUAGUCUUAACUGGUCUCCUUGCUUCCAGUCUUAUCCUCCACCAACCUUUCUUUUAUACUGACAGAAGAAUGGUCUUUCUGACUUGCACUUCUGAGCAUGUCACUUCCCUGCUUGAAUUUCUCCAGUGGCUUCCCGGUCACUUCAGCAUCAAUUCCCAGUUGUUCAGCAUGGCAUCUAAGGCUCUUUAUUAUCUGACCCUUGCUUACCCCUCAGCCUCAGCUCUCCCAGCUCUUGCACAGUCACUGCUCUUCAGUCAUAAUGAAUCACUCACCAUUCCCACACGUACCAGGCUCCUGCACACCUCUGUGCCUUUGCACAUGCUGUUUGCUGUGCAUGGAAUGCGCUUCAUUGUCACCACCCUACUCGUCCACUCUACUAAUGCCUCUUCGUUCUUUCGUACUCAGCUUUCAUUAAAGUGCUUCUAAGCUGAGUUAGGCGUCUCUCCUCCAUGAGCCCACAGUAUUCCAUGAAUACAUAUAUUCUCACAUUGAUUGUACUGUGUUAUAAUUGUGGAAAACUUGUCUGUCCCCAUUUAGAAUGUGAGCUCCUUGAGAGCAGGAUGCUGUCUUCCUUAUCUCUGUAACCCCAAGGCUUUGCACAGUGCCUUGCAUAUAGUAGGUUUUCAAUAAAUGAUUAUUAAAUAAAUAAAUAAAUGGCAGUGGUCUCUGCAGAAAGAGUCAGUGGAAAAAUCAGAGACAGCUUAGCAUUGUAUUUUCUCUUCUUUAUACUUAUAGCCUCUUAGAGUUGAAAUGGACCUGAAGCAAAUUGCCUUUAAUAGCAGUCUUCAGUGGAAGUCACCUAGACUCAUGUUGAAUACUUUCAGUGAUGGGGUACUUACAUAUUUAUAAACAUUAAAGCCUAUUUCAUUAUUGGAUUACUCAGAACUUUGCCUUAUACUGUGAAAAUCUGCCUCCCUUUAGUUUCCACUUAUUCCUGUUCUGUACUUUGAGUGUACACCAAACAGCCCUCCUUCUCUUGCGAAUUCUUAGGACACUCAUUCAUUCAUGGCCACCUCUAACCGACUACCUGAUUUUUCCUCCAGGUAGAAUAUCUUACAUUUCCUUAAGUCUUCUGUGCAUGACAUGAUUUCUACACCCAUUAUCACCCAUAUUGCUGCCUUGAAUGUUCCUUAGUUUAUGGGCCUGGACUAUUUAUUAAUUUCUUCUACUCCCUAGCCAAUCUCUGAGUAAAAG